UCAUGUUUGACUAAGAAUAAUUAACAGAAUUAUAAAAGAGAGAUAAAGUAUUAGUCUCUGCUAGUUUUAGGAUAAAAAGUUAAACUUUGAAUUACCGUUCUAUAUUGGGAAUUCUUAAGGUGUUUGUAGAAGAGAUAUUCUCAUUUAGUGGGUCAUUUCGGUAAUUAAAAAAUAUAAUUUCAGUAAUCUUAAUAUUUUAAGCACAGUAUCAAAACCUUAGAAUUAGCAGUGAUAUACAUAGAUACUUAUUUAAACUUUUUUAAUAUUGGACCUUAAUAUUUAGAGCUAUUGGGCAUAUCUGCAUAUUCAUUAGCUUCUAAAGUAAUUAAUUUUAGUAGUAUGAAAGUUUAAUGAAACAGAAGCAAUAGGUCAAAUUAAGUUGUAGAAUAAUUUAAGUUAAGAAUUAUUUGAUGAUCAAGAAUACAAUGAGAUGGAAGUUCAGUUAUUAAAAUCUUUAGAAUUCCAAUUGAAUUAUAUUACUCCAUCAGAUUAUUUGAUUGCUAUGGGCAUUUAAAUAGAUGAAAGCAUCUCUAGUCUAAUUAUGUUUGUUUUAAUGGGUAAAUUAUAUGUUAUAUCAUUUAUUUAGAUUUCGAAAUUUAUAAACAUUCUUAGAUUGUUCUAGCUUUAGCUAUUUUCAACUUUUCAUAAGAUCAGUCUAACAUGUUUACAGAUAGAGUUAAAUCUGUGACUAAAUUGAUAAAAAAUAAGAUAAAUAAAGCAUAAGAUCAAUUUAACUUGGAUAAAACUGAAAAUGAUGAAACAGGUGUGCUUGAAUCAAAUUUAUGCACUAAAAAAAAAAUAUACAAAAGAAGAGAGUCAAAAAAGUUAAAACAAUUAGCAUGAA